AUGGACUCUGACUGGAAGCAUAGGGUUGAUGUAUCUUCAUUUUUUCUUUUCGAAGCUACCGGAGAUUCCGAAUCCAAUCAAGACGAUUCCGGCCGUGAUAUCUUAGAGGUUGAUGACAAUGAUGCAGAGUCAUGUUGCAGUGGCCUAUGUGGUAGUAUGGAUGAUUUCAUGGGUUUUGAUGAUAAAGAGUACUACUACUACUACACCUGCAGCCAAGAGAAUGAGUCAUCUGAAGAAGUAGUGAUGGAGUUUAAUAAGCAAGAGCCGCAGGCAAAGGGGGUAAGUACUGGUGAUGCCAAUGAAAAUGGGGAGCUACUGGUUUUGAAUGAGAUGGAGAAGAACAAGCUCUUCUGGAAAAAUUGCUUGGAUAGCUAA